AUGAGAACCUUCUGUUGCUGCAUACCCGCCCGUCUAGGCGUUCUGGUGCUCUCGCCGGUGAGCGCAGUCGCAGCCGCUCUGCUAGCCUACACACAGCUCUACCUGCUCAUCAACUACCAAGCUCAGUAUGACACGUUCGAGAAGGCGAUCCGCGGCGCUCUCGCAGGUAUCACAAUUCUUCUUGCCUUGGCAUCGCUAUUUGGCCUGCUCGGCGCUAUUUUCGCGCGUAGAACUAUGGUUUCGUUCUAUUCAAACAUGCUCUGGCUGGCUCUGGUCAUCUUUACCGUGUUGGGAGCCAUCGAAAUCUGGCAGCUGUUCCGCAAUAAGGACCGAUUCGUCAACUCCUGCGAGACACGCACCGAUCUCAAGACCGAGGAUCUGCAAAACUUCUUCGGUGUCUCGUUCGAGGGUCAAACGGACGCAGCGUGCAAGAAGCUGGCCGAUGUCAGUGCCGUCGUGGUUGCCGUGCUCUUCGGUAUCCUUGUACUCGUUCUUAUGUGGCUGAUCGGCAUCGUCACCAAGUACAAGCAUCAGCUGCAGGAACGCGACGCUUCACAUGGUAGUCAUGGGUACCGAGACGGAUACAGCAGCUAUGGCAAUCUGAGCAAGAGCCGAGGCGGCCACAAGUACCAUCAGACGCGCGAUAUGGACGAGGCCCAGCACAAUGCUGCGCUCCUGCACACCACCACGCCACCAUCGGGUUGGAAGGACGCGUCGCAGCCUUAUCACCAUUCGGACUCGCAUGCCACAUACAACAAAGCAUAA